AUGGACCCCCGAAACAUCAGAGCGCCAAAUACCUUGGUAACCAGUUGUGAUGGAAUGACAAAAUCUGGAUCACAAAUUUUUAUCGACUUUCCACAAAUAAAUCAAACUUGUACCUGUACUGUGAUCCCGGCGUUUGAUGGUAACUUGUUUGUGGGUGCGGUAGUUAAAGUAUUCCCAUGUGAUGCAUUUGUUAGAUUGACCAGCGAAAUUCUUUUCAACUGUGAAAAACAAUCUGAAACUAUAACGGUCCCAGUUAAGAAUACACAUUCAGUAACAGUGCUAGCUGACUACAAAUCAGAAAGUUCUCGCAAACAAUUUUACCACUGUCUACACAUUCAGGAAAAUGGAGGUCAGGGUGGAAAUGUAAAUGUUACGUGCGGAGAGAUGUCAAUAAGUACGGUCAAAUCAACAAUGAGUUCAAGUUCACUUGGUGACACUUCGUCUAAGAUACCUUCAAUUACGACAAACACAAAAGAUAAAACUACUGAGAAUAAUUCAGUAAUUCUUACUCCUAAUAUUCUUGUCAAUUUACCCGAGGCUGAGGAUGAAUUGAAUU